AUGGCUUCGGCGGCGAUAUUCUCAUCGCUGCGGCGGCGAAGGUCGCCUUCUUUGGAGGCGUUUUUAGCUCCGGUAGACCUCUCCGACGUGGCGCUUGUACAAAUCCUAGUCUCAGUCACCGCCGAGAUAGCUUCGUCCUUCUCUGACAAGUUCUUCUCAUUCCAGAAGAGGAAUUCGAGGUCCCUGGUGCGAAAAGUCGAGAUCUUUCUCGUGCUUUUGGAGUAUUUGAGGGACUCCGGGUCGGCUCUGCCAUGGACGGCCGUCAUCUGCUUGAAAGAGCUCUACCUGCUCCUGUAUAGAUCCAAAAUUCUUCUCGAUUACUGCGCCCAGUCCAGUAAGUUAUGGCUUUUGCUUCAGAAUCAACCAAUUUCAGGUCAUUUUCAUGAUUUGAAUAAAGAAAUUUCGACCCUUUUGGACGUUUUUCCCAUGGAGGACGUUGAAUUGGGUGAGGAUGUGAGAGAGCAGAUUGAGCUGUUGCAGAGACAGGCCAGGAGGGCGAAACUGUUCAUCGAUGAAGGAGAUGAGGAGUUGAGGGUUAAGUUCUUUUCGUUCCUUGACGAGUUUGAGAAGGGUCGGGUUCCCGACUCGGCCGAUUUGUGGUUGUUUUUUGCAGAGCGAUUGGGGAUUCGAGAUGCCAAGAGUUGUCGAAAUGAAAUUGAGUUCUUGGAGGAGCAGAUUAUAAAUCACGAAGGGGAUGUUGAACCCACCGUUUCGGUGCUUAAUGGGUUUGUGGCAUUCACUCGAUAUUGCAGGUUUUUGCUUUUCGGGUUUGAAGAAGAUGAAGUGGAAUUGGGGAUUGGGAACAAUCAGAGGAAGCCUAGAAAAGGUUUGAUCACUCAAGAAAUUGCUGAGACUUUUAUAACGAUUCCAAAGGACUUUUGCUGCCCCAUAUCAUUGGAUUUGAUGAGAGAGCCGGUGAUUGUCUCAACAGGACAGACAUAUGAUCGAAGUUCUAUUUCGAGGUGGUUGGAAGAAGGGCAUUGUACUUGUCCAAAGACAGGACAAAUGCUGCCCAACGCACGCCUUGUUCCUAAUCGGGCGUUGAGGAAUUUGAUAAUGCAAUGGUGCACUGCUUACGGAAUUCCUUAUGACCCUCCAGAGUGCACAGAAGCUUCUGCAGAAAGCUUUGCAGCUGCUUCUCCCUCUAAGGCUGCACUUGCUGCCAACAAAGCAACCGCAGGGCUUCUAAUCCAACGGCUGGAAGAUGGAUCACCAUGUGCACAAACUAUAGCUGCUCGUGAGAUUCGUUUGUUGGCCAAAACAGGAAGAGAAAAUCGUGCUUUCAUUGCGGAAGCUGGGGCGAUUCCCCAUCUAUGUAAGUUACUAUCAUCUCCAAACUCUGUUGCCCAAGAGAAUUCUGUAACUGCAAUGCUGAACUUAUCGAUAUAUGAUAAGAACAAAAGCCGGAUUAUGGAUGAAGGGUGUUUGGGAUCCAUUGUUGAUGUUCUGAGGUUUGGGCACACAACUGAGGCAAGGGAGAAUGCUGCAGCAACUUUGUUUAGUCUAUCUGCAGUUCAUGACUAUAAGAAGAGAAUAGCAGAUGCGGAAGGAGCAAUUGAAGCCUUGGCAGGGCUGUUGAGAGAGGGUACCCCAAGAGGAAAGAAGGAUGCUGUGACAGCUUUGUUUAACCUGUCAACUCACACAGAAAAUUGUGCGAGAAUGGUUGAGGCAGGGGCUGUGACAGCACUUGUAAGCGCAUUGGGAAAUGAAGGAGUUGCUGAGGAAGCAGCAGGUGCAUUGGCCUUGGUUGUUAGGCAGCCGACUGGGGCUAAAGCAGUGGGGAAAGAAGACACGGCAGUGGCAGGUUUGGUAGGGAUGAUGCGUUGUGGGACUCCAAGGGGUAAAGAAAAUGCAGUUGCAGCUUUGCUUGAGUUGUGCCGGAGUGGUGGAGCUGCUGCCACUGAAAGGGUAGUUAAGGCACCAGCUUUGGCUGGGUUGCUGCAGACAUUGCUUUUUACUGGUACAAAGCGGGCAAGAAGAAAGGCAGCAUCUCUUGCUAGAGUGUUCCAAAGGUGUGAGAAUGCUGCAGCAAUGCAUUUUGGUGGUCUUGGUGUAGGAUAUGCAUUUGCAGGUAACUCAGCUGCAAAUAGAGAUUCGAGUUUCGCCAGUGAUGUCGCAGUGCCAAUGUCCAUUUCAGUGCCUGUUUUAUAG